AUGGAUCCAAUUGGCAAGAUUGCCAUCCGCCCAUAUCUGCGGAAUGCCUUUGGCUUCUUUGAUGUAGCCGUACCAGAUGUCUACGAGGGUAACAUCCUGGCUAUUUGCCCACUGAGCAAGGAAGAGCUAGCUCUGCUACUGACGAUGAUCAACAACAUAGGCAUUGACCAGCAUAACUACAGGGCAGCUAUCAGCCCAGAGCUCUUAGAAAAGGGAGGCGAACCGAUGCUUGACUAUCGAAGUCGUAUCAUCGCCUACAAGAUGGGACUUCCACUCACUCUUACAAGCGUUACGACCAAGCCGAUCAGACUAAUGACACCAAGUAGCCAGGGUCAAAAUGGACCUGGCAAGGAAUGUGCAGUUACUAUCACUGCGGGCAAGAAUGAGUCCAUCAACGGAAGCGACGUUGAUUCGCAGGAGGCUUACAGUCAGAGCAUGCCUGACGAGCCUAGCAUGAAUGGGACGGCCGAGCACUACAAAAACACGUUGGCUGGAAAUCCAGCUAUUGAUGCUACUAAGCUGUCCACAAUCACGAGUCUUGUCCGUCUCCCACGUGCGCACGAAUGGACCAUGUUCCUCUGGAAUACGCGAGUCUUCGAGCCGAUCCUCCUCAUGGCCCAGAACCCCACUAAAUUCGCCGAAGUCUAUGACCCCAACGGACUUCUAGACGUUUUCUUCGAGCUCCUGGCUCAGUGGGCAGACUUAUACUUCGAGUGGAAGCCUCAACAAGACCACAUCGAGAAAGAACUAGCCAAGGCGUGGAUGGAGAUGCUCGAGCGGGGGAGCACCAGCGACUGCGAGGAGGAACCCGACAACCUGAAAGAUAAGGACUAUGAGUAUAUAGAGGUGGAUGUCGCAGACGACGAUGACUAA